ACGAGACCAAAACCCGUACCCACUACAAAUCUCAUCUCCAAGUCCAAUGGCCCUCUCCAGAGCCAUGUCGAGACCAUCUUCGCCGACGACGCUAGCCGCGGCAAUCAUCGCGGUGCUCGUGUUCGCAUGCCGUGCCGACCCGGAGCCGGUGCAAGACUUCUGCGUGGCGGCCGCCCAUAAAACCGGGGCAGCCGAUGAUCAACCGACGUUCCCGGGCUUCCCGUGCAAGCCAUCCUCCACGGUGGUCUCCGACGACUUCUUCUUCGGGGGCCUAUCGGCCCCCGCGAAACCGGCGUCCGACAGCCCCUUCGGGUCCGCCGUGACGUCGGGCAACGUGGAGGCCUUCCCGGGGCUCAACACCCUCGGCCUCUCCAUCAACCGCGUCGAUCUCGCCCCUGGCGGCGUGAACCCGCUGCAUACGCACCCUCGUGCCGCCGAGCUGGUACACGUCGUCUCCGGGGAGAUGCUCGUGGGCUUCGUCAGCACGGCCGGGAAGUUCUACUCCAAGGUGGUCGGCGAGGGCCAGAGCUUCGUGAUCCCGAGAGGGCUGACCCACUUCCAGUACAACGUGGGCGCCACCGCCGCCAGGGCGCUCACGGUGUUCAACAGCCAGCUGCCCGGCCUCGUGCUAGCCGCGCCGGCGCUGUUCGGGGCGGACCCGGAGAUUCCGGACGCUGUCCUGGCCAAGAGCUUCCAGGUCGACGGCGAGAUCAUCAAGCUGCUCAAGUCCAAGUUCCGGAAAUGAUCACCAUGGCAUGACAUGCAUAUCUCUAGCUCGUUGGCUGGAAACUGUGCCGUGCCGGCCUUUGGGUACGGCUCGAAAGUUUACUUUUACACGAGUAAAUAGACAAAUUUGAUUACUGUUUCGUAUAUACUUUGAUUGGAUAUUCGGUUGGUGUGGACCAAUAAAUUACUUGAAAUGUUAUCGAAAGUCAGAGGUCGGAGUUCGGUUAA